UGCUCUGGCGAACAUCAUUCUCUCUCUCUCUCUCUCUGGCGGGUUUUCGAUCGACAGAUCAUCAAUAAACGAUUAUGAGUUCUACAGGCACAACAAAAGGAGGCAGAGGCAAGCCCAAGUCCUCCAAAUCGGUCUCCAGAUCUCAGAAAGCCGGCCUCCAAUUCCCCGUAGGCCGAAUCGCCCGUUUCCUCAAGGCCGGAAAAUACGCCGAGCGUGUCGGCGCCGGUGCGCCUGUCUACCUCUCCGCCGUUCUCGAAUACCUCGCCGCCGAGGUUCUUGAACUUGCAGGGAAUGCUGCGAGGGACAACAAGAAGAACCGGAUAGUUCCAAGGCACAUACAACUUGCUGUGAGAAAUGAUGAGGAGUUAAGCAAGCUUUUGGGAACAGUCACUAUUGCAAACGGUGGUGUUCUGCCAAACAUUCAUCAGAAUUUGUUGCCAAAGAAGGUUGGGAAAGGGAAAGGCGAGAUUGGAUCUGCAUCACAGGAGUUUUAGGGUUUUUGUUGUGGUUGGAUUAUUUAUAUAAUUAAGGUUUUCAUGUGGUUAAAUUGAUGGGAUCAAUUUUUGUGCUUUGUAUUUUUGAUCCCUGUGUUUGGUUAUUUUCAUUGAAUAUAGAAGAACAAUAAAUUUGUUGGAUAUGGUUUUGGAUCACAUUAUAAAUGAAAUGAGUACCUCACUUUAGUUUGCCUUUUUUCGUU